AUGAGCGAAGCAUCUUUAAGCAAUUUAUCAAGUUUUGAAAAAGGAGAUAUAAUUUUAAAAGAAUUUAUUGAGAGAAAUAACAUCUAUCUAGUUGCAAAAGAUAUUUCCUUAAAAUAAAUCCAUCAUUAUCAAAUUGAAGAUAAUAGUUUUAGAGAUUUGGGGGAAUGCUAUCAUGUUCUGAGCGAAUAGUAUUUUGAUGUUCUAAUUUAGCUAUUUUCAGAUGAUGAUAUUAUACUUUAUUUUACUUUGAAAUUUGUUUAAGAAAUUGUUUAAAUUUGCAUUGAGAAUAUUCUAAAUCCUGUUUCAAUACAUUAUAAAUUGGUGACUUUUAACAAUCAAGAUAAAAAAUUUUACUAUCCUCAAUAAUUAUCUCUUAAAAUUCUCGAAAAAGAAAAUGUCUUCAUUAGAAUCUAAUAAAAAUUAAAUAAAAUAAGCUAAGAGUAUCGUUAAUUAUUGUCUAAAAUUGUGCAAGAGUUGAUUUACGAAAAGAAAAAUCCAAACUUGAUCAAAAAUUAUUUGCAGGAAUAUAUAAAUAAGCUACAUAUAAAGUUAAACAAAACUAUUACUACCAAAAACAAAGAAUUAGAAAAGUGUUUAAAUAAUUUGCAAAGAGUUAUUAUUUAAAAGUAUACUGAAAAUAAUUUAUAUCAAAUAGCUAAAAACGGAGAGUCAAAUUAACAGUUUAAUAGCUAUGAUCCUCAUCUAACACAAAUAUUCAAAACAGCCCUUAUAUAUAGAGAAAGCUUAAAAAACUAAAAAUUGGCUUAAUGUUUUUUAGAUAAUUACUAGUUAUUAAUGAAAUGUGCAUUAGAUAAAGAAAAAUAUCUUUUUCAGGAUAUCAAGUUCCGUUUUGAUCUAUUAAAAAUAAACAAAAAAGAAAAAAAUGAAGUCAGAAUGGAUACUAAAAGAUAGGGUGAUUUUAUAGCGGUUCCAAAUAAAAUUGAAGAAAUUUCAAACAGAUUUAACUAAAACGAUUAUGCUGCAAAUUAAAAGGUAUAAAAUAUGUCACCAGAAUCUAAAAGUACUUAGAUUGAAUCUCUUGUAUAAUUUGCCGAAUUUCAAAUUAAUAAAUAUGUUGAAAAGCUAAAGUAGGCAUAAUCUUCAAUAGAAAAUUUCCUUGUAGUAAAUUACAAUUAAAAAAGUAAAGAAUGGGAAAAAGAGAGGAAAUUAAGAAUUACUGCUUCAAACUUUGGUAAAAUUUGUAAAGCCAAAGAUAAUAGCAAAAAUACUAUAGUAAAUUAAAUCAUUGAAUCAAAGUUUUUUACAUGUGAAGCUAUAUAAUAUGGAAAUAACUUUGAGGAAGUAGCUAGACUUAAAUAUAUAGAAAUUAUGUAAGCCAAGUAUGGAUCAUAAAUUAAUGUGAAGGAAUUUGGUUUAAUAGUUGAUAAAAAAUAUAACUGGAUAGCAGGUAGCCCUGAUGGCAUAGUUUAUGAAAAUAACAAUCCGAUAGUAAAAUAAUUUAAUAAUUUAAUUUUAUUCUAAAAUUAAUAAAUUAGGGUUGUAUAGAAAUAAAAUGUCCAUUUAGUAUCAAAGAUUAAAAGAUAAGUGAAUAUUAUUAAUAGACUCCAUUUUUAGAGUAUAAUAAAGAAUUAAAUUAAAUAAUGCUCAAAAGAAAUCAUAAUUACUAUUAUUAGUGCUAAGGUAUUAUGUAUUUAUCUUAACUAAAUUGGUGCGAUUUUAUUGUUUUCACUUAAGUUGAUUUUAAAAUAGAAAGAAUUGAAUUUGAUAAAGUAUUUAUAAAUGAAAUGCUUCAAAUUCUUAACUCCUUCUUUUUUAAAUAUUUUGUGCUAAAUCAUAUUUUCCCUUUAAUCUCAUACGAAUAAAAAGAAUUGA